AUGUUCCUCGCAAAGUCUCCAAUUACAACUGCCAGCAAGGGUGUCUUGAGCCCCUCAUCUCACAUUCCCAUUAUGGCAUCGGCCGCACGAUGGAGAGGAUUCUCAACUACACCGAGCGCAUAUCAAGGAGCUACUCUGUUACAGGAUAAGGAAAACGGCUUUGGGUUCGCCAGGUCUAACCCUAGACCUAUCAAGCCUAGAUCCAAGGGCGUGACUGAGAUUCGAGGUCCAUACUAUUCAGUUAUGGGCAAACGAUACCUAGCAGAUGUCCUCGAAACGAUGGGCAACCAUGUAGAUGGUCUCAAGUUUGCAGGAGGUUCCUUCUCUCUGUUUGAAGAGAAGCCCUUGCGCGAACUGAUUGAUCUGGCCCACGAACACGGCGUAUAUGCCUCGACGGGCGGAUGGGCCGAACAUCUCCUUACACAUCCCGACCCGAACACUGUAUUCGACCGUUACCUGACAAAGUGCAAAGAUCUCGGCUUCGACGUAAUUGAACUAUCCUCCGGCUUCCUUUCGAUUCCAGAAGAUGACUGGCUCCGCCUCGUCGACAAAGUCCAUUCAUACAAACUGGAAGCAAAGCCCGAGCUGGGUAUUCAGUUCGGUGCUGGCGGGGACACACCUGCCUCUGGACUUGAAGCAAUCGGUACAUCAGACCCCGGCAAGCUGGUUAACCUAGGCCAUAGAUUCCUCGAUGCAGGUGUGAAACGGUUGAUGAUUGAGUCGGAGGGAAUCACAGAGAAUGUCACCUCCUGGCGGACUGAUGUGGUGUCCCGGAUUAUGAAGGAGCUUCCUUCUGAACGGGUGAUGUUUGAAGCUGCUGAUCCUAAGGUGUUCAAUUGGUAUAUUCGGGAGUUCGGCAUUGAUGUUAAUCUGUUUGUGGACCAUAGCCAGAUUGUGCAGUUAGAGUGUUUGCGCUCUGGUAUCUGGGGGACUGCGGAUACUUGGGGGAAGAUUGUUUCAUUCCGUAACUAG